AACCUGCACAUUUUAAAAGGCAAGCUAAAAAGCUUCCUUUUUUUUAUUUUUUUCUGCAAAAUCUGAAUCCAACAUGAAAUGGACCAGAGGGGGAGCCUGUGAUUCAAAUUUAAAGCGAAAAUAGCAAACCAACCCUUGAAGGGUCUUGCAUAAAGAGAAAACUUUUCUUGUGGCAUUCUGUGUUUGUUUCUGUGAAGAGCAAGGACAUGGGUGAGUCAGCGUGCCUUGUGAGAUCGUUCUCUCACCCUUCAGAUAGUUCCACUGAAGCCAAAAAAGAGGGUGACCCCAUUCGUGCUCUAGGAGAAUCAAUCUCUUUUGGGAGAUUUAUGUCAGAAUCCUUGGCCUGGGAAAAAUGGUCAGCCUUCUCUCACAAUCGUUACUUAGAAGAAGUUGAGAAGUUUUCUAAGCCAGGUUCUGUUGCUCAGAAGAAAGCUUAUUUUGAAGCUCAUUACAAGAAAAAAGCUGCUGAGAGAGCUGCAGAAUUGAUUGAGGAAUCAAAUGCAGCAGCUCAUAAUGUUUUCAAGUCAGAAACUAGGGACAAACAUCAUGAUGACUCUUUCAUGGAUUCAGAGUUGGUGAAAGCAGAAGACCACAAGUCCAUUGAUGAACCACAUGAGGAUGAUGCCCCUAAUACUGCAGUAGAUUAUUCUGCCGAUGUGAAUGGGUGUAAUCCUAAUAUUGGAGAACUGGAAACUACGAAAGUGGAAGCAGACGAAGGUGUUAAUGUGGUGGAGGAUCCUACUCUGCCUGAAAACUCAGACCAAAUUGAAAAAGUUGAAGACCACCAAAAGAUUUUGGUCGUCCAAGAAGAGAAGAAACUCAAUAAGAAAUCUGACAGUAAGGAGAUUCUGGCUUCACCAAGCAAGAAAAGACAACUGGAUUCUUCUUUGAAGCUAUCAACUCAAGGUAGAGCAUCCAAGCUCCCAGUCUCUCCUGCCAAACGAAUGACUUCUAAGCAACUCCAAAGUGGAAAUAGUGGUGCUGCAGAGAGCAAGAAGACAGCAGGAGACCUAGUUGACAAAAAGAGAUUUACUGUAAAAUCAGUUCACAUGUCGAUCAAUUUUGCUUCUCCUACUGGCAAAACCAGUAAAACCCCUUCUCCAAUUAUUCAAGAGGUUGGAAGCGCAAGAUAUGAUACAACUUUAUUCCACACAUCCCAAGACAGUUCAACUCCCUUACGAAUGACUAGGGAAAGAUCUGUUAACAUGCCUAAGAAGAGUUCUUGCACACAGCAGGCAUCUGUUAAUAAGUUAAUAAAGCAACCCUCAGUAAAGCCCCAGUCAGAAGAUCGAAGGACUAGAACACUACUUAACAAGUCAGUUUCAGGAAGAAUAGCAGGGGAUGGGAAAGGGCACUCCCUCUCUAUGGACUUCUCAAAAUCCUCAACUGUAAGUGGAAUCAAGGCACGAUCUCCUACUGUAUCCUCUCCUUUUACUUUCAGGAGUGAAGAAAGAGCAGCAAAACGUAAAGAGUUCUUUCAGAAGAUGGAAGAGAAACUAAAUGCCAAGGAGGCAGAAAAAGUUCAGCUGCAAUCAAAACCUAAGGAGAAAGCACAAUUUGCAAUUGAAAAAUUGCAACAGAGCACUGACUUUAAAGCCAAACAGAAUGAAGAUUCAAAUCAUGGAUCACAAUCACCAAGUAGUCCCUUGAAGAAGAAUCCACUGGCACAGCCUCGGUCACCAAAACAUGGAAGAAAGCCAACUCCCAGCACAGUCAGGGACUCGAGCUCUCGGCCUCCUCGGAGGCCAUCAGGCAGAAAUGAUAGCUCUAACUCUAAGCGCGUGACAGAAAAAGUUAAUCAAACCACAAUUCGUUUUAUUGCAUCACUUCCUAAGAAGAAUGCGCAUGAGAAUGCUUCUCCAAAUAUUCAGCAUUAAGGGUCUAAAGAAGAGAGUAAGCUGCUUCAUAUAAGCAUAUGUGUGAACUACUGUGUUAGAGUUCCGGUUAUCCUGCUGGUGACAGCCUUCUUGUAAAUACACGUUAUGAAGAGAGUAUUAAUCUUGUGAUGGCAAUGGGAUUCACCUGAGGAAGGAUAUCAAUGAGAAGGUUAUAUUCUUGUGUUGAGAGCUUCUUUUAACAUCAAUGAGGAGUAAAAUUUUGUAGCAGUUUUUUUUAUUUUAUUUUUUUUAUUCUAUUUUUUUUUUCCAGUGCUUCUUGUUUCCUUUUGUAGACAUGUAGGAGAUUAGUUUUGGACGUGGAUUAGUUCAAGCAUGUUUGUAAUGAGACUGUCGUUGUUGCUUAUGGUAGCAUGUACAGUUAAUUUUA